GAUCAAGUGGUCAAGGCCGCCGACUUCGAAUCAUUGUCCCUCGGUGAUUGGGUCUAAAACCUCACUUGGGGUGUAGAAUUCUUCCAUAUGAUGAAGCCAUUCAGCUGGUUUACGGUAAGUCAAUGGUAUUACCCAUGUGCUCGCCCGUAAUAAGAUAAUGCUUUGAAGGGUACCUUGGAUACUCUUCCACCAUUAAAGCUGGAAAAUCACCUUAUGACCAAUAACUGUGUCAGCAUGACGUGAAACCCAUUAAUAACUUAAGAGCAACUUAAGAGCAACGUCUCCACGAAGGAAGUACAAGUUCCGGCCUAUUUUUAAAUCUUGUUUGAAAGGACACUAUAAUUUAGAGGUCUUAUCUGUAUUUUGAUAUGAUGACUGGGCAACACCUUACAUGAAUGAUGAUCAGAAUUGCAGGUUAGAUUUGCUAUUCGAGAAAGUAGAAAAUUUCUUUUAUAUUUCUGGAAACCUUCAAUACUAUAUCAUUGAAAAUGUAAUGUUUUGUUGCUACAAAAAUGCUGAACUCCAUGAUGUAGGCGAACAUGUUGUAGUUAUUCCGCUACAUGCAGUUGGUUUUGGUUGAUCACAAUAAGGAAGUAGUUACAAGGAAAAUAGUUCCACUGCUUGACGUUUAUUUUUUCGAAACAGGUUGUUAGAGAAACUUAUUUUUUCCUUCAUGAUGUUUAAAAUAUUCUAGUAGACCUCAUUGAUAACGUAAAGUGUGUUAAGUUACCUUGACCUCUGCUGAUGGGCUAGUUGACAACCAUGAAACAGGAAGAUUUGUCUUGUUAAAAGUUAGAAGUAAAUUCAGACGAUUCUGUUGAACACUGUCGUUUUACGAUUAAUUCUCAACGUGUAAAUAUUAUUAUAAGAAAAGGAACAUGCAUCUUACCAGUUUCACUUUUCUGAUGGUACAUGUAGUGAAUUCAAUUCGCUUUGUGGACGGUCAAACAGAUUGUGGUAGAAUAUCACUGACGUAUGUCCAAGCAGGAAGUACAGUUGAGGCUAAGCUACGUUUCUCUCCAAGUACUGAGCUUUCACGGUAUAAAUGGGUUCAUUUUUUCUCAAGGACCAAACCAAACUUUGACUUUUUUAAGAAUGUCGAAGAAGACAGGUCAAAAUAUGACCUUAAAGACUUUGAACUCAUUAUCAAAGAUCUACAAGCGUCUGAUGAUGGUAUUUAUAACACAGAAUGCUAUCUGGAAAAUGGAUAUCAGACCUUUAGUAAAAAUAAGGUUGAAAUCAGAAAACCCUACAGUGUGCAUCCGUUCAGGAAUUCAACUGCAGACAUUAACACUAAAGGAAAAACGAUGGAAACAACAAAAUUUGAAUCUAAAAGCACAGUUAAGAAUACAUCCAAAACAAAAGCUUAUGUAAUUGGUGUAACAUCACAAACCUUGCGAAGACAGAACAAAGAACCACCAAGGAAAAUUCCGGCAACACCUAAACAUGAUACGUAUAAAACUUAUGAAGUUCUAUACUCAAGAUCCGACAAAGUCACACCAGUAAGCAAAUUAACUGAAAUUACUACAGAUGACAUAUGUCAGAAAACAGCAGCAACACACAAAUAUGAUAUGUCUAAAACUAAUGAAGUUCCAUACUCAAGAUUCGACAAAGUCACCCCAGCAAGCAAAAUAACGGAAAUUACAACAGAUGACAUAUAUAAGAAAACAGUAGAAGCACACAAACAUGAUACGUCUAAAACUAAUGAAGUUUCAUACUCAGAAGUUACACCAGAAAGCAAAGUAUCUGAAGUUACAACAGAUGACAUAUCUAAGGAAACAACAGCAAGACACAAACAUGAUAUGUCUAAAACUAAUGAAGUUCCUUACUCAAUAUCUGACAAAGUCACACCAGCAAGCAAAAUAACUGAAGAUAAGUAUAUUCAUGACUUAACCGCAAUAACAAACAAAAAGGAAACACAGGCAUGGUUAGGUGACAGCGCUGUUACAACCGUAUUAGUUACUGGAGGGAGUGUACUAGUUAUAAUUGUAUUCAUCGCCAUUGCAACGAUAGCUUUCAGAAAGAAAACUUGUCCACCUUACGAAACCAAAGAAGGUGAUAAGCAACAAAGCGGUUCCUAUUUGACCUCUGGUUUGGACAAAACCGAAGAUAAUGCACAUUACUGCGAAAUUAAUCAGCUCGAAGAUGGAAGAAUAGCAUUAGGAAUACAACUUCAGACAUUUAGCUGCUGUUCCAGUAAAAAACACAGCCUGUCGCGAAAACACGUAUCUGAAUACCAGGGGAUUGGCAGACGAAUCAGGGAAUGAAUAUACCGCCAUUCAAUACGAUUUUGAGACAGCUCAUGGGCAUGUUUCUGCAACUGAGCAUUGCACAGAUAAAACAGUUGAUUAUGUCAACUGUAAGAUCUUGCCAAUGACGGGCGAAUCUGGAAAUGAAUACGAAACAAUUAAAUACGAGUGCGAAGCAGCUAGUAACUGAUAAUUGCAGCAACAAGGAGUUUAAGAAUUAUGUCGUGAAGCUAGACAGUAAAAACGUGAACAUAAAAAAAACUAAAGAAAAACAGAAAAUGAACAUAAAGUGUCCAAUAAAAAAGAACCACAAAACGAAAAAAGUGGUAGUUUAUAUAAAUAAAGCAGAGACUACAUCAAUGAUUCGUAUCUUUUUUACACCAAAAUGCAGUGCUAUUUCAUGUAUGUGAAAUAUGUUUUGUAUUACAUUGUAAUUUGUUAUACAAUGUAUCGGAAUUUAUAUUUUUAACUUCAGCUUCAAGAUACGUAAGUUCAUGAUCUUUUAAACAAAACUUAUUUGUCCUAGCAGCAAUUCUAAAAGUCGUCAAUAUUGUUCCUCAAACACCCAUGAAAAAACGAUAUAGUAGUUAUAUGCUAGAGUGACAAGUAAAAGGGUAGAUGCUAUGCAAGAGUGACAAGUAAAAGAGUAGAUGCUAUGCUAGAGUGACAAGUAAAAGGGUAGAUGCAAAAGCAGCUGUUAAGACUGGGUUUCUUAAUCAUCUCAUUGCAAUACUUAACCAUGGUGACUAUAAGUUUAACAAGAUAACGGUCAAUAUGCCAGAGAAAAUGCGACACAAAUGUUGACACAAAAGUAUGAUAAACCGUCCAAGUUAAAGACUCUAAUAACCAUUCUAAUAUGGCUCGGAUCGUUUGUCAGUUAUACAAAGUGGUUCAUGUUUUUCAAUAAACAACAAAUGAAAGGGUCAUUACAAAAGUAAUGUAUAUCAGCGGUUUUCAUCCCGAAAAGUUCACAAGCAAGUUGAAAUGAAAAUGACCAAGGCCUUCUCGUGUUUUAUCGUCUGAUUUAGAAUCUGAUUUAGCACCUGUUCAUCGUUAAGAUGCGUACACAUUUUAUCCAGUCCGGCGUUCGCCGUCCUGCGUAUAUGAACUCUGAACCGUCGUAAAUCAAACGAUGAACCACAUAACGAUUUGUCUGUUCAGUGAAUAACUAUCAGUGUAUAACUAUUAUUGGGAGCAAUAUACUUUUAGACAUGGUAAAUAACAGAACCAGUGGCACUUCGUGAGUAAAGUUUCUGGUGCAUCUGGCAUUGUCCUCCACAUAAAACUACUUAAUAUACAUUUAAAUGGGUAACUGGAUGCUACACGUUCUCGUGGAUCGGCCGAUAUCUGUCGAUUAUCCAAGACAAGUUUCAGAACAUAAUAAUUAAAUAAUAAUAAAAAUAAUUUCUCAUGAUGGUUCAUGUUGCUACCUCCAAUGAAAAAUGGCCUGGAGUUGGGGAGUUUGCGAUAAAUAAAUGUUAUAACGAAUGUGUACAGCAAUUGUUUCAAAGUUUUCUUUCUCUCACAUUUUUGCGACUUAUUUACAUUCAGAAAUACAAAGUAAAGCCAAACAAAUCCUAUAGAAAAAAGCCCUGAAAACAUGACAACAACCCUUUUUAUACCAGUUACAAGAUACUGA